AGGUCCAUUGGCGUGUUUCUUGCUGACCUCCUCCAUGGAGAUGUUCACAUUUCCUCAUCCCUCAUUAAGCCCACAGAUCUGAGCUAAAACUUUCCAUGCCACACCUCUAUCAUUUCAGGAAGUCACUCGCAUCUGGUUUCUGGGACUGGUGUAAAGUAAUUUAGGAUCACAUCACGCUUCUCGCUGGUUCUGUCACUUGUUUGCAAUAGUUUGCAACGCUUCUCUGCUAUGAAGAAUGGGCUGGAGGCAGUGCUGUGUUGCAGACUGGGUGCUGCCUGUGCCUGGACACUGCUGUGACCACACGAUGGCACAGCACAGCCCUGUGCUGCAGCAGGAAGGAAGUCUGCAAGUCUAUAUGUGUGUGUGUGCGUGUGUGUGCACAUUGUGUUUGUGAGGGUGAGAGCUGGAGGAGUUUCCGGAGCAGGGCAGCUGUUAAACCACUGCACCAGGGAGCUCUGAGUUGUGUGUGGGUGCUGCUAGAUGCCCUGCAGCCUCAUCCAGGGUAGAUCCCGUGGCUGAAGGAGAGGAGCAGGAAGUGUUGUGGGGAUGGAGGGUGAUGCAUGUGCUGCAGAUGAGCUCUGCUCCGUUGCACCAUUGGUGCUGGGUGGAGUUUCCCUCUGGUUUCCCAUUAGUGCUGAAGCAGAGAGGCUGUGUGACGUCCAGCUGGGCAGGAGAGGAGGAGGAGGAUCUGGGGUGGCUGGAAUAACAAUUAGUGUCUGUACUUGAAAUGUUCUCAAAAACAUCCUCCGGGGCUGGGACAGUGCCAUGCAUGCAGGGACAGUGCUGUGUGCACAGGGACACAGCUGUGCCCUCACCGAGAUGCUGUCAGGAGCCCUGCAGUUAGCAUGGUGUUCUCACAGCCAUCUGCAUCUCAGCACGAAGCUUGGCUGGCAGCACCAUGAACUGCAAGGGGCAGAUGCCCGCUGGGUUGAACGCUCUCCGGCUGCAAACUGAAGCGUGGUGACGUGGUGUGCAGUCCUUGCACAGCAGGACAGGAUGCGGGUCACCAUGCGGCGGGUGCUGCUGGUGGUGGGUUCGGUGGUGGCCUUAAUGGUGACGCUACACCUCGGCCAGCAGGUCCUGGAGUGCCAGCAGGUGCUGAGCAAGAGGAGGCACAGGCUGAUGAGACCCGAGAAUGAGGAACUGGUCAUGGUGGACUCCAACCACGUGGAGUACCGUUACAGCAAGGAAAUGCCUCUCAUCUUCAUCGGUGGAGUCCCCCGCAGCGGCACCACGCUGAUGAGGGCCAUGCUGGAUGCCCACCCAGAGGUGCGCUGCGGGGAGGAGACCCGCAUCAUCCCCCGCGUGCUGGCCAUGCGGCAGGCCUGGUCCAAGUCAGGGAGAGAGAAGAUGCGCCUGGAUGAAGCUGGGGUGACAGACCAGGUGUUGGAUGCUGCCAUGCAGGCCUUUAUCCUGGAGGUGAUCGCCAAGCACGGCGAGCCGGCCAGGUAUCUGUGCAACAAGGACCCGUUCACCUUGAAGUCCUCUGUCUACCUAUCCAGGCUGUUUCCCAACUCCAAGUUCCUCCUGAUGGUUCGAGAUGGCCGUGCUUCGGUCCACUCCAUGAUCACACGGAAGGUGACAAUAGCAGGCUUUGACCUGAACAGCUACCGGGACUGCCUGACCAAGUGGAACAAAGCCAUUGAGGUGAUGUACUCCCAGUGCCUGGAGAUAGGGCGCUCUCGCUGCCUGCCCGUUUACUAUGAGCAGCUGGUGCUGCACCCCGAGCAGUCCAUGCACACCAUCAUGAAGUUCCUGGGUAUCUCCUGGAGUGACACCGUGCUGCACCAUGAGGAGCUCAUAGGGAAGCCUGGCGGAGUGUCUCUUUCCAAGAUAGAAAGAUCAACGGACCAAGUUAUCAAGCCAGUGAACAUGGAGGCGUUGUCUAAAUGGAUUGGACACAUUCCAGGGGAUGUACUGCAGGACAUGGCCCACAUAGCGCCCAUGCUCGCCAGGCUUGGCUACGACCCAUAUGCCAAUCCACCCAACUAUGGCCACCCAGACCCACUUGUUGUCAACAACACGCACAGGGUUUUAAAGGGGGAUUAUAAAACGCCAGCCAACUUGAAAGGCCAUCUGCAGGUGACUCAGAACACAUCAUCUUCUCACUAAUUAAUGAUUUCCAGGCUGCUGCAAACGGCCCAGGGUGGCUCCGUAAAGAAGAGUUUGCAGUUGCACCGAUGGAGAUCUGUUAUCCAAGCAUAUUGCUUGCUGAUAUUGCCAAAAUGACUGCUGUGCCAGGAAUGUAUUUGCAUUUAUUUGCAAAGGCCAAACGUUGUACACUUCGAUACCACUCGUCUCCCUUCGCUGGAUGCUCCGUGGUGAAAGAUCUGUGGAAAUGAAGCACGACCGACCCUCCAAAGUGCAUUGGAAAAGAGAUUUCCUGUUAUUUUCAGUGUCUCGUAAUGCUGUUCCUUAUACGUGCAGAUCAGAAUAGGUGUCAUAACCGUGUAUAGAGCAUUUGUUGUACAGGUGACAAUGCGGCGGACUGUCUCUUCCGUUCACUUGUCAUUGACAGAUUCUAUUUAAGAAUUAAUAUAUGAGGUCAAUCGUUUCA